AAAUCGGGCACGACCUUCCAACUGACACGAUUAGAGUACAGCCUGGUUCGUAGAGGUAAAGUCUGCGCGACCUCCAGCAGACGAUAUAAAAAGCGGCGCGCCCGGCCGCCUGACAGCAUAGCAUGUGUCUUACCGCGCAGUCUGAACUAGAUCUUCCCGAGCGCUGACAUAGUUUUUAACAUUGACAUAACUUCUAGCUAGGAUUUAAAACACGAUGAAUUGUGUACAAAGGGUUUCAAUGAAACUCCGCCAAAACUGCAGAAAUGGCCAAAUGCUCAAGGCGUUCCUCCUGUACAUCCUGAUCGCGGACAACUUCCUCCAGGCCUACAGCAAGCGGGUCGUGGUGGUCCCCAUGCCCAACGUCAGCCACACGCGCUACCUGACCAACGUGGCCAGGGCGCUGACCACCCACGGCCACGAGGCCUGGGUCUGCAUGCCCGUGUCGGUGGCCGAGCAGAGCGUCUUCAACAUGACGGGCAUCCACGUGCUGGAGUACUCCAAGCGGGAGGUCAACGUCGUGGAGGACUACAUGCGCUACGUCCGCGACGCUUACUGGAAGGACGAGAGCGUGGACAUGGAGAGGAUGAUGUCCAUUUUGUUCGACCACAUGCAGAUGAUGAUGGAGGACGCGAAGCUGGAAGCUGCCAUCAGGGAGAUUAAACCGGAUCUCAUGAUAUUAGACAACCUUCCCCACAUGAGAACCAUCGCUGUCAUGGCGUACAAACUCGGUAUCCCGUUCGCUUUUGUCGGGCCUCUUUACGAUCCGGUGCCAUACCGGGUUCCGUUCACAACAGCCACCUUCCCCUCCUCCCUGUUCCCCCACACAGACAGCAUGAACUUCCAACAACGGUUGACCUCGUUUCUGAUCCACUCCGUCACCGUGGUCUUUGAACUCUUCGGCUACACGGAUGCCGUGCGGCGGUACGCUCCUGAAAAACCCUACCUCCCUGUACGGCAGUUAACGUCCCAGGCUGAGAUCGUUCUCAUCGAAAGCGAUCCUAUCAUGGACUACCCUAAAGUCGGCUUGCCCAACGUCAAGCUCAUCGGCGGGACAGCCGUAACCCAAGCUGUAGAAUUAGUAGAGCCUUUUAAAACAUUUGUCGAAAACGCCACCUCGGGCGUAGUAGUCGUGUCGUUCGGCACCUACAUCGUCGACCUGCCGGCGCCAAUCUACGAGAAAAUGGUCUCCGCGUUCCGGCGUCUGAACCUCAGGGUGGUCUGGAGAGUGAGCGAGGCGUCACCGGACCCCCAACAGAUCCUCACCUCCACCUGGAUCCCACAAAACGACCUUCUGGGUCACCCGAACGUCAAGGUGUUCGUCACCCACUGUGGACAAAGUAGCCAAUACGAGGCUCUAUUUCACGCCGUCCCAACUUUGUGUAUCCCAAUUUUCAUGGACCAAACAUACAACGCCGAAAGGGCAAGGAGCAAAGGUUACGGGUUAACCGUCGACCUUAAAAAAGCCACAUCGGACGAAAUCUACUCAAACAUCAUGGAGAUGUACACAAACUCUACUUACAAAUUAAACGUCCAAAAAGCUUCCAAACUGUUUAAAUUAAAUUACGGACUUCCAAUGAAUAAAGCCGCCUUUUGGCUGGACCAUGUGAUGAAACAUGGCGGCUCCUAUAUGAGGUCGGCUGGCCAAAAUAUGCCAGGGUACCAGUUUUUCUGCAUUGACUUGAUGCUCUGUUUAGCAGUAUUCUUACUCGUUUUGUGUUUAGUUAUGUUCUUAAUCUUUAGAUCAUUAGUUAGAAAUUUUAUCAAAUGUCUCUCCAUAAUGAGUAAGUGUGUACAAAAUUUCCUAGAUUUUUUAUCCUUAAUUUAUUAUGAAGAAAUACAAGUGAAGGCAAAGUUGUACUGAUUAUUUAUACCACGAAAAAAUAAUUUAAUGUUGAUAACAGUUUAGUGUACUUUUAAUUUAAAUUUUUAUGCCAUUGAAUUAUAAAUAUUUUGUAUGCGCUACGUUCAUUUUAGUUUUUA